CGAUUGUGUCAAAAGUAGGGCAGUUAAGGCAUUGUAUGUGUAACGCUAACGUAGAAGCGUCAACUUACAUUACGAUAUUCGUGUUAAGUACUAUUUAUUUGAAUUUCAGACGGAGGAAUCAGUGUUUGUUUUAUUCUCAAGCAGCGUAUGAAAUGCGUUAGCCCAGACUAGCAACAAGUUUUGGUUUUUCUUAGCUCGACCCUAACUGGGCAAGGGGGCGUCCAAGCAGAGAAAAAGGGAAGUGAGAUGAUUCAGUUUGUGCAGUGGUGUUAACCCCAAAUUCACAGUGGGCCAAAAUUAACAACUUGGAGAAAGUCGCGGGCCAAAGUAAAUAUUUAUUGGAAAAUUGACUGCAACAUCUGCUCUAUACUUUUUCCUCUGCUUAGCAGUCUCACCUCUGUGUGAUAGGGCACAUCUCUGUACUCAAAACCAAACUCCUCUAGAAAAGACUUGAACUGACGGUGAUUCAGGCUAUGGUUGGGCAUCGAGAACCGAUUGGAACUGACGUUCAUGCUUAGGGUUGUGCAUCAAGAAUCGAGAACCGAUUGGAACCAGGACUAAUGUUUAGGUUGUCCCGGAACUGUUCAAAUUAAAACAUUUUGGUUCCCAGUUUCGAUGCCUAGUCCUCCAGCAGUGAAGAAGUGGCGAAAAGCAACGAAGAAGCGGCAUAAACCAACGAAGAAGAACGGGCACGAUGAUGUGCUUGUGUCCAACGACAGCGGCGGCGAACAAAAGUGUGUCUUAACUUUGUUAAAAUGAAUGACCAGUCACCUCAAUGCAACACUUGGAAUAAGAUUAUAUUGUGAAAAGGAGUUUUUCCUGAUGUGUAGCGUCUGGCACGUUCCGAGCCUCAGCCUACACCGCUCAGAGCUUCAGUGAAGUCAACUCUCAGUCAAUUGGAUAAACUGCCAAGAGGGCAUCCUGCAUAUUUCAGAUGGAAGCAAAGAACAGGAAUUCUGCAUCGUUUACAAUCAGUCCUGGACCCGCCUGUCAAAAAGCCUCGAUACUGCUGUGCAGUAUCCUCUGGUGAACCUGAUGUCCACGCUACUGUGUGACUCCUCAGGAGUCAGUCCGGAGGUGGUGAAAGGCAAAGUUUUGGUGGUGAUGAGGGGUGACUGUACUUUCAGUCAAAAGGCUCUGGUUGCUCAGGCCCUCGGGGCUACAACGUUGCUCAUUGCUAGCAACAAAACUCUGGUCCCUCCAUCAGCCAAUGACUCUGAGUACUCAAAGGUCCAAAUUCCUCUGGCCCUCAUGAGGUAUAUGGACUUUGUGGAAGCACAACAGGUUUUCGGUGAUGAGAUGCAGGUGAGGCUUUAUGCGCCGCCCUCCUCCAAGAUCGACGCCAGCAUCGGCGUCAUGCUGCUGAUCUCCAUCUCCACCGUUGCCUUGGGUGGUUAUUGGAGUGGAGCCUGUGAGAGACGUGAGCGUUUGAAUUUGGGUCUAGGAGGAGCAAGUGGAGACAACAAAGCAGAUAGCGAAGACCUUUCCGUGUACUCUCCUAUCAAAGUGGUUCUCUUAGUUGCCUUCAUGUGCGGCGUCCUCAUCCUCAUGUAUUACUUCUACAACAUUCUAAUUUACGUCUUCAUCGCCAUAUUUUGCGUUGCGUCUGCCAAUGCGCUGUUCAAUUGCAUUAAUGCAGUGCUGGAUUUAUUGGGCUGUGCCAAUGGGAGCUUCACCGUUCACAACACCAACUUCUCAGUGAGGUCCCUCAUUCUGGCUUCUGUGUGCAUAAGCAUCUCUGUGGUCUGGGGUGUCUACAGGAAUGAAAGCAGGUGGAUAUGGAUCUUGCAGGAUCUACUUGGCGUUGCUUUCUGCAUCAACUUCAUAAGGACCAUCUCGCUCUCCAGUUUCAAGAUCUGCGUGAUUCUCCUGACCCUUCUGCUUGUUUAUGACGUCUUCUUUGUUUUCAUCACUCCUUUCUUCACCAAGAAUGGGGUUAGCAUUAUGGUGCAGGUGGCUUUGGGCCCGGAUGCAUCAGGAGAAACGACACCAGGUAACAUGGUGGUGGUGCCGGCCAUGCCCCAGACUCCCACUGAGACACUUCCUGUCGUGAUGCGUGUCCCACGCUUUUCAUCCUGGACUCAGAACUUGUGUGGGAUGCAGUUCUCCAUUCUGGGUUAUGGAGAUAUCAUUGUUCCAGGUCUGUUAGUGGGUUACUGCAGCAGAUUUGACGUCUGGAUCAACAACACGAAGAAAAUCUACUUCCUUAGCUGUUGCAUAGCCUAUCUGAUGGGAAUCAUAACAACCUUUGCUGUAAUGCUGCUGUCAGGGAUGGGCCAGCCAGCUCUGCUCUACCUUGUGCCCUUCACUCUGAUCACCUCUGCAACAGUGGCGGGCUGCAGGGGCCAAAUGAAGCAGUUUUGGACCGGAACCUCCUAUGAGGUUUUGGAAUCCUCACAGGAACCUUUCUUGCCAGAGGCAAGACCUGACCACCCUGUAGAAGCAGAGCCAUGCUGACCUCCCAAGCCAACUGCUGGAAUUUCUGUUCAUUUUUAUAUUUUACUAUGACAUUGACAAAGCAAGGGACAAUGAUGAAACAAUAAUUUUAGAUCAGUAUGGGUUGAUUUUGACUGUUCUGCUGAGCAGAGUGUUUGUAGCUUCUUUUGAAAAGGCUUUUCAGUGCCUCUCAUGGUUCUGGGGGGGGGGGGGGGGGG